AUGGAGUUUACAAUACUAAUCAAAGUAGCUGAUUACAACGACCUGCAAGACCGACUGGAACUCCCAAAAAUAUUGAGCAACCAGCUUCCCAAAAACUGUGAAAUAUUCAAACUUGUUGAUUAUACGGGAAUGAAAUACAAGGUUGCAGUCGAAAGCUUGGGUCGAAGAAGAAAAACACUACAUGGGCCCGAAUGGAUGAGAAAGCAUUCCUCAGGAAGAGAUUACAUUCAUGGCUGUUUGGUACAAGCUAAAGCAGAAACAUACCAUCAUCAGGAUUUACCGCAUGGUUUGCUGUGGCUGCUAUCCGAGAGGCGUUUAAAAAUCGACAACUUGUUUGCUAAAGUACACGGCCCUACGCAAAGUUGCAAGGUCGAUGUGUGUUAUGCUUUCCCUCCCGGAAAUGAAAAAGGAUUAGCUGUCGGUUUCAUGGGGUCAGGUUGGACCACCUUUUGUGUUGAAAAUGACAUUGAAGAGGACUACCAACUGCUCUUACAAUGGAUGGGAAGCACUCCACAAGAGCACUUUAACUUCAAUGUCCUGAUAUUUAACAAAGAUGGCAUCGGACUUCACGCAGCCACUACACAUCAAUGUAACCGCACCAAGCACCGCCACCACAACAGCCGCCCCAACUACCAGAAACAAUUUGAACACCAUGCCAUAGAAACACACAUGCUGACGAUACCGAAGAACUUUGUUCGAGAUCACCAAAUCAAUAGCUACUGUAAUGCUAUGCUGUCAUUUGGCCAUGUCAAGUUUCUGGUACCGCUACGUGUAAGGACAGAUCCAAGAAGAGUAGAUGAUGAAAACCAUGUCAUAAUGUAUGCGGACUGGCAGCAUAUCCUGGACGAAGCGGGGAUGACUAAGGACAAAGUGAUCAGGUUUGAGCUGGUGGGAGAAAAAAGUGUCGCAGGUGAUAAGGUCUACUUCGAAGUUUGUUAGAUAUCAUUUCGGAGAACUUUUUCGGAUUCACUGGUUUAUGUUUUUAUUAUGUUUGAUGGACAACUUUCCUUUUCUAACUGCAUGUAGAACUUUAACAGUCACAUCCCAUUACGAUGUUAUCGUAAUUUUGGUUCGGGAUGUCUAAAAUAUAUAACUGAAAUAUCUAUGUCAA